AUGGUUACUGAGCAACUCCCCGCGCGUUUCGUGCUCAAGGUGGAGGACCAUUCUAAAGUAACUGCCGAUCUGGUCAAGUUCUGCGGUGUAAACCAGAGGGAACAGCCCAGCGCGGAGUUUGUGGAGGCCAUGAAGAGGAUCGCGGAGAUUGUGGGACACUUGACGCCGGACAGCCCCGGAGUGGACGUGGAGGUGCCCAUCAGAGUGGCAUACGGCCCCGGACAGGGGGACAAGAUAGUGGAAGGAUAUCACGAACAGCUGCUUAAAGGUUUGACCGGCGUGGCUCGAGCGGAGAAGGCUAUUCGCAGAGAAUGGGAGCGGUACUUACAGACUGAAGGCAGCAAGGAGGUCGCGCGUGGCUCGAUUCGAUGCACGUUUGCAUUGGAGCCAAUGAUUGCAGACGUUCAAGUGGUGCAGACUAUUGCCCAAACUGCUGGAACGCUGGAAAGACUGUUGUUUAACAACGUCUGGUUCUCGCUGCUAUCUGUUCGAGCCAAAUGUGCCAAAGGAGACCAGUCGGCCUCGCUGAUUGCGUUCCGUCAGAUGAUGAUCGCUGUGUUCGACGGAGCGCGUCGUGAUCCUCAGUUGUCGAAUACAAAAUACCGGUCGCUUUCCGGUUCAGUGAAGCCACUUCAACUCGGCUCGCUGGUGCUGCACAACGACCUGGCGCUGGAUCCUUUGGAGACUGUGGCCUUGUUUUCUGCUGCAGUACUGAACCAGACAACGCAGAAAUUGUCGGUCUGGGUGGAUCUAAUGAGCCACGACCAACCGAAGACCAACUUUUGGUGGAAGUGGCUGGCCUACGGCUGCUUCUCGAAGCGAGCACGGACCCAUUCUGCGCUGCAAUCGCUUGACCUUGGACACGUCGGCAGUAUCAGUGUUGCGGAUGUCGAGACUUUUUUGGCGAUCGUGGACUCCGAAUACCCGGAAGAACUGCUGUUUGACUGUCCCCGUGGUUCAGUGGAGGGACGAGAAGCCAAGUUGAAAGACGGCGCGAUGGUCCAAUUCCUAUUGCACACGUUCGGUGACGACGGCAGCAGCGAGUGGGUCAACGUGAUCGUUCCAGGCUUUGGUCGAUGCCGUGUGCGCCGUACCGAUUUAGUGCUUAAACCCAUCCGGAAUGCAUCGAACAAACGCCCCGUGUUGACGUCGUUGACGCUGAGAUUGCACGCAGCAGCCAUUUCCAACGGCCUGCCACGAUUCUUAGCUGCAAUUGGAUCGUCACUUCAGUACUUGACGAUCGAAAACCCGGGAGAAACAGUAGACCCCAACUUGAUUCUUCGUUGCUGUCCCAACUUGCGUGAAUUGACCUUGAACCGAGGACUGAUGGACGUGCAGUUCAAGUUUGAUUCCGGUGUUCCUAGUCAAGCGUUUUCUACACUUCGUCUGGAUUGGGAGAAUGUUGCAGGCCUCGCAACGACCUUGAGCAACACCAGUAACCCUCUUGUCAAGUGUCCGAUAACCGCGAAUACGAGCUCCAACUGGUUCGACGCAGCCUGGAGACUCUGA